AUGGGACCGGACUAUGCAGACGUUGCCCGGCCGCUGGUUAAUCUAGACGUCAGUUUCGAAUGGACAGAGCUUUACACGCAAGCGGUGCGGCAGCUCAAACAGCGCUUAAUCGACUUCACUACAUUACAAGUCCCUGACACCACGAAACCCUUCGAGUUAUACACAGAUGCCUCUGGUUAUUCGAUCGGAGCAGUUCUCGAACAAGACGGCAAACCCAUCGGUUUCCUCAUCCAAGUCAUGAACCCCACGCAACAGAGAUACUCGAUCUACGAUCAGGAACUCUUGGCGUUGGUCAUAGCGCUGGACAAGUGGUCGCACUUGCUCCGUGUCUCCAAGGUAACGGCAUACACUGACCAUCAAGCUCUCACCCAUCUUCAACGACUCCAAGCAUCGAAGCCUCUGCGCGGACGCACCGUCCGGUGGCUAGACUUUCUUGCGGAGUUCUCGGAUUUGCAGAUCACUUAUGUUCAAGGAGCGCGCAAUCAAGUUGCUGAUGUCUUGUCUCGCCGUCCCGGUCUUCCUAACAGCUGCUCGCACGACACACCAUCGGUACCAUUGAUGCUCGCAACAGGACAAGCGAGCGCGGCUCCCCUCUCUCGUGGUCGGCCUCCCAACUACCGAAAGCUCCCCGGAAUUCGUUCGCGAAGACCUAGACGACGCAGCCUGCCGUCCGCACCUUCACCACCUCCGCCGGAACCCAACCCAGAGCCGGAACAUCCUACACUCACAACGAAGACACCAGCUGACCCUCCUGAUGUGCGCCAAUGGCCGCAAGCUUACUCGAAGUGUCCUGUUUUUCGCGUUCCCUACAAAGCCGCAGUAAACCAACCGGGAGAAGCUCUGCUAAUCGAGUUUCGUAACCGCCAGUUCACCUUUCGCUACGUGCAGCCUUACCUGCACAUCCGCGUUCAUGGACUGUGGAGCAUCUGCGUCCCACAGUUCCCUGAGUUUCUUACUCAAGUUCUGCAUUCACAUCACGGCCAUGUCACAGCCAGCCAUCGAGGCCAGAAGAAGACCUUUGCGGCUCUCAGCAAGCACUACUACUGGCCAGGAAUUCGCGCCUACACUACUGCUUGUGUUGAGUCAUGCGCUCACUGUCGAGCGUCAAAGUCUUUUAACCAGAGGCCUGCAGGCCUUCUUCAACAGCUGCUCAUCCCUUCUCAUCGAUGGGCGCACGUGAGUCUUGACUUUAUCACAGAUCUUCCCCUUACAACGACAGGGCACGACUCGAUCCUUGUCAUGGCCGACUCCCUCAGCAAGAAGGCUCAUUUCGUUCCUGCAAAGAAGUCAUUCACAGCAGCAGACACCGUGGAGCUUUUAGCAGACCGCCUUAUCCGCUAUCACGGUUUUCCAGAGGUGCUCAUAUCGGACCGCGACCCCCGCUUUCAGUCGGACCUCUGGCAACAACUAUGUCACCGCUUUGACGUCAAACGCGCCAUGUCCUCGUCCUACCAUCCGCAAAGCGAUGGUCAAACUGAAAGGCUUAACCGCACACUGGAGCAGAUGUUUCAUACCUACAUCCAGUCCGGCGAACGCGAGUGGGAGCGUUUGCUUUCGGCCUUAGAACUUGCCUACAACACGACAAGUCAUUCCUCCACCGAGCUCUCUCCCUUCGAGGUCAUGACUGGCGAGAAUCCGUUUACUGCUGCAAAUCUUGAUAUCGCAGGCGCGUUAGCUCCUACGCUCACUCCUCCGAUGACUAAGCAUUUCCGGCAGCUCUGCGAUAGAGCACAGAGUCACAUACAGAAGGCAAAAUGGCAGUAG